CUCUUCACCCCCAGAAUUGCUGCAGCUCGCCCCCGGCUGACAUCAUCGCGGUCUGUCGCACAACCGCCUUGUCCGCCAAGUCCCCAUGCUGCCAUCCACCCGCGCCUGAAGCAUGGCCGUUGAUGAUUUCUUUCGAGACACCGACGCGUUUGUGCUGCCGCCCAGGUCCUUCUAUCCGCUUAAGAUUCCCAUCGCGCACUACCAGCUGCGCCACUUCAUCAGCUCGCCGGAGCCAGACCUCAUCUACUACGCCAGCAAUCGCGACGAACCCACCGGCCGCGAUGCGGGCUCCGACGUCUACUGCCUGAAUGCGACCACCCACACCCAGACCAAGAUAGCGGAGCUGGACUGGGAGGCCCGCUGCACCACAGCCGGACAUGGCUUCGUCUGCGUGGGCGGCGCCGACGACGGCCACUUUGCUGCCAUCAAAGUGACGGGUUUCCCUCCGGCCAACUCUACCCAUGUCGAUGCCCUGCUUCCGCUCGACUUCGCCAGCCGUCCUACGUUGCCGCGCCCGGCUGGCCUCGGCUCUCUCGAACGACCGGACUACCAGAAGAUCGGAGAUGACAUCGUGAACUCGAUCUCGAUACACAAGCUCCCAGUGGAUGGAGACAAGGAGGAGGAUGUCGUGGCAGUCCUCACAAACAACGACAAGACAGUCCGUCUCUACUCGCUUACCCGGAAGCAAGAGGUGACCGUCCUGGACUUUCCAUUUGCCAUGAACCACGCGACUAUAUCGCCGGACGGACAAUACUUGGUGGCCGUGGGCGACAUGCACAAUGGUUUCUUCUUUGAGCGCAACAAGAACAAGAAGUCCAAUAUCGCUAAGAAUCUAGAGGGACGCGUGGAAUCGACACCGCCCGACUGGACGUUGCUUCACGAGGUGUGUCUGUACGUACCCACAGGGUCGCACAUUGAGGGUUACUUCACGACGGCCUGGUCACCAUCAGGCCGCCUAUGCGCCCUUGGCUCCGAGUGUGGCUACAUCUCCGUCUUCGAUACAGAGCUUCUCAAGAGAUGCGAAUAUGGGGAGGAUGCUCUUGUUAAGCUUGUUAGCUCAACCCGGCCGGACAUCACCUACGGCGCAGGUGCUGUGAGGACCAUGCUGUUCUCCCCAGCGCCUUGGGACUUCCUCAUUUGGAGCGAAGAUCAAGCUAGAGUCUGUAUAGCUGAUCUUCGUUCCAAUCUCAAGGUGAAACAAGUCCUCACGCUGGAUCCCAAGAACGAAGGCACGGAUAGAGUGGAAAUUGCCAACUUUGAGGUAGAAGAGCUAAGUGAUCUGCGACGAGAAGAAGACUUCAUUCGGACAUAUCGCCACGCACUGAAUGCAGAUGGAACGAGCGCCGCAGCCAACCUUGCGAACGACUACAUCGAUUCGGCAGAGCGCAGGAGGCUUCACCGGCGGCUUGGAGUUGUCGAAUCGGAUGAUGAUCCGCAUGCCGGCCUCACUGCUCAUGAAAGACAGGUUCUUGAGACUUUGCAAAAUGUGAGGCAACGGCGCGAGGGGUUGGGCUCUGGCAUCACGCCUCGAAGCAUCAACUACAUAACUUCUUCCGCUGAGAGCAUGAGGGAGCCAGCGGAACCCGCAAGACGUACCACAGCUCAAACGCGGCUUGCUGAUACUUUUACGGAAUUCGUCUCUGAAAUCACUCGUCAAUCCACGGAACGCGCAGUGCCCCAGCGUCGCGCGUCUCUCGUUCUGCGCGACCUCACAGCGGAUCCUCAUGAGGCUACUACAGGAACGUCUGAUGCGCCGCCACACCGAGGAAACAUCACAGGUAGUGCUACAACAAGGUCGCCGAACCCCAUCACGGCGCAGAUUCGUCGCGACAACAACGAGAUGAUUGCGUCAACCGACGAAGCAUGGCGGACCAUUGAAGAAGCGCUAGCACGCAACGCGCGGGCUGCAGACGGCGGGCGCUCCUCUGCCGCACCAGAAUUACGCAAUGAACUUCGACGUUUGCGACAGCUCACGCAGAUGCGAGAGCGUCUCCGCGUUGCCCGCGAAGCGCAAGGGCCCCUGGAGACGUACAGUCUCGGAGGGGGCUACCGUCGUGCAAGCCGCAACAUGUAUGACCCCGCUCUGGGACUACGGACUGCAGGCCUCGCAAUGAGCCCCGACGGUCGCACGCUGUACUGCGGCACGGAGGAGGGCAUCUUCGAAUUCCGUAUGAACCUGCACCAGCGGAAGGGUUUCCCAGCCAUCAAACCGCGAUGAACAUAUUGCCAUUCUAAUCGUCACUGGCGUCCUCGACUUUUCCCCUAG